GGAUCUUCGAGCGUGCCCCACAAGACCUUGCUGCCCGAGGGCAUCCGCCCAGGCACCGUGCUGAAGAUUCAAGGCAUCGUUCCUGAAAAGGCCAACAGCUUUUAUGUAAACCUGCUGUGCAGCGAGGGGGAGGACGCAGACGCCGCCCUGCACUUCAACCCCCGGCUGGACACGGCCGAGGUGGUCUUCAACAGCAAGCAGCGAGGCAGCUGGGGCACGGAGGAGCGCGGCUCUGGCGUCCCCUUCCGCCGUGGGGUGCCCUUUGAGGUGCUCCUCAUCGCCACCGAUGAAGGCUUCAAGGCUGUCGUGGGGAACUCGUUGUACUACGUGUUCGACUACCGGAUCCUGCCGGUGCACGUGCGCCUCAUGGAGGUGGGCGGGGACGUGGAGCUGGACCUCGUGAAGAUCCUCUGA